CUUACAGAACGUGGUGGUAUUUGUUUGGAUGCUACUUCAGACCCUGUGCACUUAGGUGAGCCAUCUUGCCGUUAGACGAUCUUUGUCCCUCCUCCUCUUCCUCUUCCUCCUCCUCCUCUCCCUCUGUCAGACUGAAAAUAGAUGCUUCUGGGCUGGUCUGGUCUGGUCUGGCGAUUUUCAGCUCCUGUUUCGGCCAAUUCCACCCAAAAUAAACGGACAAAGAUCGACGUCUGGUGACAUCGAACCGGGGAUUUCCCGCAGUUUUGCUGCCGAGCUCGGUUUUAUUUACCACCGACCUCCUACAGACGCCUUUAAAAGCCUUCAGCAGCCUAUUUGGUUUCUCUGCAGCCGAAGUGAUGUCUGUCGCGGGGUUGAAAAAGCAGUUCCACAAAGCCACCCAGAAAGUCAGUGAGAAGGUUGGAGGGGCAGAAGGAACCAAGCUAGACGAUGACUUCAAAGAAAUGGAAAAGAAGGUGGACGUCACCAGCAGAGCAGUGUUGGACAUCAUGACCAAAACUACAGAGUACCUACAGCCUAACCCAGCAUCCAGAGCCAAGCUGAGUAUGAUUAACACCAUGUCAAAGAUCCGCGGGCAGGAAAAGGGCCCUGGUUACCCACAGGCUGAGACUGUGCUGGGUGACGCCAUGUUCAAGUUUGGACGGGAGUUAGGGGAGGAGUCCAGCUUUGGCCUGGCGCUGAUUGACGCUGGCGAGUCAAUGAAGGAGCUUGGGGAGGUGAAGGAUGCUCUGGACAUGGAGGUCAAACAGAACUUCAUUGACCCGCUGCAGAACCUCCAUGACAAAGACCUCAAAGAGAUACAGCACCAUCUGAAGAAGAUGGAGGGCCGCCGUCUGGACUUUGACUACAAGAAGAAACGUCAGGGGAAAGUCCAGGAGGAUGAAAUCAAACAGGCGCUGGAGAAGUUCGACGAGAGCAAAGAGAUCGCAGAGCAGAGCAUGUUCAACCUGCUGGAGAGCGACAUUGAGCAGGUGAGCCAGCUGGCAGCGCUGGUCCAAGCUCAGCUGGAGUACCACAGCCGAGCUACCGAAAUCCUCCAACAGCUCUCCAGCAAGAUGGAUGGCAGGAUAAAAGAAGUGUCCAGUAAACCCAGGAAGGAGUACACUCCAAAGCCCAGGAUGACCCUGGAGCUGCUGCCCCCCAGUGAGAGCCACAAUGGAGGGAUACACUCUGCCAAAUCCCCCGGAAGAUCACCAGCCCCUAUGGACCAGCCCUGCUGUCGAGCACUCUAUGACUUUGAACCAGAGAACGAAGGCGAGCUGGGCUUCAAAGAGGGCGACGUCAUCACCCUGACCAAUCAGAUCGACGACAACUGGUACGAGGGCAUGAUCAGUGGCCAGUCGGGCUUCUUCCCCAUCAACUACGUAGAUAUCCUGGUGCCGCUGCCUCAUUAGGUCCUACCAGUGGCCUGACCCUUCACCCCGACCCAUCCAGACACCCCGAAACAGCCUGUAUUUGCAUAAACAACAAACCACACCCUCCUUCUACUUCUUCUUCUAUGAUUCUGUGCGAUUCUGCUUUCACAAAAUGGACUGAAACAAGAGAGGUAGGACAGUGAUUGGAGGAGAAGAAGAGAGGGAGAGGGGGAUGUCAGCGUGUGAGAUGCAGAAGAGAGGGAGAAGUGAGGGACUGGCAAGAAGACGAAGACCUUUUACAGCUCAGCGCUCGGCCGGGCAGCACUGGAUCCCAGUGAGGCCUUGGAGACUUACGACUAAGGCACGGUGUAUAUGUACGUGCAUGUAUGUGUCUGUAUGUGCGUUUCGACCUGUUCUUAAUCUAUUAUGAUCAAGCCAGCACAAACUCCUGCUCGUCAGCUAAACUGUCUGACAGCUUUUUGUGAUACUGUCUUCUUCUCCUCUUCCUUUACUUACUGUAAGAGUAAUUCUGUCAUUUCUACCUUGACCUUCUUUCUUGUGCUUCUCUUCAGUCCUAGAUUCCUCAGAAACUGUCACAGUCUUUGCCACUUUCUUCCUUCCUUCACUGGCUGGCACUGUUUUUUAGCAUGGCCCUAUACAGUAUACAGACCUGUAACCCGUGAUCCAGAGCUACAGUAGGUCAUCAAACCCUUUGGUUUUUCUUUGAGUGUCUCUCAUAGUCUUUCUGCCACUUCUUGUAACAUACCUGCCUUUCUCAGAGUCUGUGUCGAGCCUCAGCUCAGUCGAUGUAUGCAUGAACCAGCCAAAUCAAAGCUCUGAAUAACAGUAAAAUGUAGUUUUCAAGAGCGAAUCUUUGGAAUAAAGCUGUAUCUGCAAUAAGCAGGUUUUUGCAGAAUGAAGAAGAGAACACUUGGUCACUUGUUUUGAAACCCAUUUUUCUUACAAUGAGAGUUUUAGAAUGAUUUAGAGGUUUGAGAGUUUGGAAGGUCAUUCAACAUGUUGGUAAACAUGCCAGCUCAAGCUAUGAAAGGGAAAAACUGAGUUACGUGAUUUAGCCGACAGCAGCGAUAUGCUGCUAACACAACCAGCACAGGCUAGUUGUACUGAACAGAGCAUUUCACCAGGUUAGCGAACUGAUAAGCCUUGGCUUAUUACAGUUUGGAUAGAGGAAAAGAUGCUUGUUUUCUCUGUGUGCUAUUUUAAGUUACCCAUUCACAGUGUUUGUGAGUACUGUGUGGAGUAGAUAGAAGUUGAGUCAGAUUAUUUGUGGCUUUACAGAGGGCUGCAUGCUAGCUGUUAGUAAGCACAUGUAUAUACACUAUCUUUGUGCACUCCAGCUGAUGAGAACCCAGUUUCUUCUGACGUUAAUCUUAGUAGACGUUUACAGUCUUGCAAAAGGACACAUCAUUUGUUGACCAACAUGUUGUCAACUGCUGUGAGCACUACUGGGGAAGCCCACAUAUGGGACGGUCAUUCCUACCACUCUCAUUUCCACUAGUCUGUUCACCAGCUCUUCUUUGUCAGUGGAGGAUGUUCUACGUUUUAUGAACAUUCAAGCUGGAACUCUGAAAGUUAUGGGACAUUUUAGAGAGCUGACAAAAUUGUCAACUCACCAAUUGUUUUUACAGUUGGGCAGACACUGAGCAGAUUUGGUCCAGUUUUAGUCAGUGGUUGCCCUCAACUAGUUUUGGAAUUGAGGUGAUUUUCACCCAGAUUAGUUGUCAUUUGAACAGGCCCCAUGUGCCUUGUUAAUCAUCUGGACUAUCAGUGAUCUGGCUUCCAGACAAUGAGUCACCGAGCUAAUUCUCCCGACAACCCGUGGUGACUGUUUCUAAACCCAAACAGUCAUUUCACAACACUCACCCAUGUUCUGAAGGUAUUGUCUGACUCCUAUAUGCUUCUGCUCUUCGAACUGUCUGGAUUCAAACACAGCUCAGUCCAGUUGGCAACAGAAAAUGGCGCUGUCUCUCUCACUUUCUGCAGAAGUCAAGCAGCACCACCAGUGGUCAGCUAUGAUUAUACCUCUAGAGAGGUACAAGCUGGUGCUAACCUUGAGUAUAAGAAGCCGCAGGUUCUGGUGUUGUAGGAAGAGCAUUUUAAAUGUGUAGUGUAUCACAUUGUAUGAGUUUGAUGAAAGUCACACAGUGUCUGCCCAGAUUAAGGUUUUAGAGUCUUAAAUAUUUCAAAAACUUGGACACAUUUCAAACU